CACUCUACCUAAAUGAUACCCAAAGGGACUAUUAAAAGUGGUCUAUAAGAUAAAGUAUAUGUCAGUCAAGAAAAUCAGUGAAAUUGUCCAGUUGCCUUACUGAAGAAACGUUUAAUACAAUGAAGCACGAAUGCUCAAAUUGCCAUGUUUGGAGUAAUUGUUACAGGAAACUUACUCCUAAACUGUAUGAUUAUGCAGCGGAAAGGAGAAAAAAAUUGGAUAAAAGCUGUUCCUACAUUUGUAAUACCUGCUAUUGCCGACUUUAUCGCAUUAUCAAGAAAGGAAACGAGCCAGCAGCUCCAAGUGCAGUUAAUAUAGAAUGUGAAAAUCAAGAACUCACCGUUUCUGAACCAUCGAAACUUGAUGAUCUCGCCGUUGCCGGACCAUCAGGCACCAAUAUUUUCGCCGUUGCGGGACCAUCUAGAGUGAACAAUUUCGCCGCACCAGCAAACAUCAAUAAUGGUGGUUUCGAAAUAAUCGAUCCCAAUGCCGCUGGAUCAUCGGAAAUUGACGCUGUUCCUAGUGUUGAAUCUUUGUUUUCUUUGGAAUCAACGAGUGCUGAAUCAAUUGGUAGCGCUGGUGCCCAGAAACCCGGAGACGGUCAGGAAAUUCUUCAACAAAUGAAGGCAAAAUUUGAUGAAAUAUCUGACAGAAACGAUCGAUAUAGGAUUCUAACUUCACUUCUCAAAUCCUGGACUGCAUACAAAAUGAUGCAAGAAUUCGGUGUUUCCCAACGAACUGCUCAACGUGCAAAGCAAUUACAGAUUGAAAAAGGUUUUAUGAGCACACCGGAGACCAGAAGACCUAUCGCCGCGGAUCGGAAUGCCAGAGUAUGCGUCAACGUCGUCGCCGUCAUCGUGAAGUGCGCCAACAUCAGUUACAACAACGAAGGCGAUUCAGCAUUUUCACAUCGUUUGGUAGAUACGCCGCACUUGGCCGGCGGCGCCACAAUUUCCGCAUAUUGUACCGAACCGAACGAACCGACCGCAACCGGCUCGCAAACGGAAAACGAAAGUCAAUUCGCGCGGGCAUAG